UCCAAGUUCUGCGCCCGGCCUGCUUUACUCUUUUUUUUUUUUCCCUUUCUCAAACUCAACUCACUCAUUCACUUUCACUUUUUCUCUCUUCGUGAGCAUUGGACUUACUGGGUUGAACAGUAUUAAUCCUAGUUACGAAACACACAAACCCUUACACACAUUCAAUAAUCUCCCAACACAGCGAAAGCAAAAUGUCCGCCGAAGAGCAGAACCAGUCCUUGCUGGAGCGCAUCCAGCGGCCCGAGGUCAGCAAGGAGACGCAGAAGAAGAUUGCGCUGGUGGAGCAGGAGUUCAUUCAGGCUGAGGUCGAGCAGCUCCGCCACUCGACCCUCCUCCUCCGCCCCCUCUUCACCAAGCGCAAUGAGGUCAUCUCCUUGCCCGACCUGCGCGAUACCUUCUGGACGCGCGUGAUGCUCAACGCCCCCGCCGAGGUCGAGGAGCACAUCACCAUGGCCGACGCGACGAUUCUGGCCUCCACGCUGAAGAACCUGACCGUCGAGCGCUUCGAGGUCGACGACAAGGGCGCCGGCGAGCCCCGCAGCUUCCGCCUGACCUUCGAGUUCCGCACCGGUGACGAGAACCCCUACUUCACCAACGAGAAGCUGGUCAAGGACUUCUACUGGCGCAAGCAGGUCAUCACCACCGCCAACGGCCACAAGCGCCACUGGGACGGGCUCGUCUCGGAGCCCGUCCGCAUCAACUGGAAGGAGGGCCAGGACCCCACCAAGGGCUUGCUGGAUGCCGCCUGCGACCUGGCCGAGGCGGAGAAGAAGAAGGACGCUGACACGGACCGCAAGGAGCUGAAGGAGUUCGAGGCGCUGAUGCGCAAGCGCGACGAGGUCGAGGCCGACGAGGAGCCCCAGGGUGACGAUGAGGAGGACGACGUGCCUCCCGAUGCCGACCUGAGCUUCUUCGCUUUCUUCGGUUACCGCGGCAGUGAUGUCACCGAGGAGCAGUCCAAGGCUGCUACCAAGGAAGAGGAGGAGAAGUUUGAGAAGUUGCGCAAGGGCGAGGAGGUGGAGGAGGACGAGGAGGACGAGGAGGACGAGGAUGAUGAUCUGGAGGAUGACUUCGAGUUCAUCGAGAUCUUCCCUGGUGGCGAGGAGCUGGCCAUCGCCGUUGCUGAGGAUCUCUGGCCCAAUGCGAUGAAGUACUAUGUCACGGAUCAAUCCAUCGAAGAGGUCGACUACAGCGACAUCGACGUGUCCGAGGAUGAGGACGACGAGGAAGAACAGACCCGCCCCCGUAAGAAGACCAAGGUCUAAAUCCGUGGACCGGACAAACUUCACCCCAGUUUAAAGCACAAGGAGCAGGAUCAAGAGGAGGAUUAGAACGAAUAUCAAGACCGCGAUGGCGAAGGAGGACAUUGUAU